AUGGCUCUCCAAAUCGCUCCUCGAGUUUCAAGGUUUCUGGUUUUGUUGCUUCUGGUUUCUGUCUCUUUUAUUGGCAGAUCUUCAAGCAGUGGAAGUGCUGAAAAAGAGCAAACAUUUGCAAUGAUAAGACCGGAUAGGCUGUCUGGGAACUAUACUGAUGAGAUAAAGAACGCUAUUCUGGAGUCUGGUUUUAUCAUUCUCAGGGAAAUGACAGUCCGGCUUGAUGAGGAUACUGCUAGAAAAUUUUAUGCCGAACACUCUUCGAGAAGUUUCUUUCCUGCCCUUGUCAAAUACACGGCCAGUGGUCCAGUUUUGGUUAUAGUCCUGGAGAAGGUAAAUACUGUUACUGACUGGCGUGCUAAUUGCGUCCACUUUGAGGCUUAG